AAUGGAAUCAAACCACAUAUUCUUAUCUACUUUUCUUUCCCAAACUCAGAUAUAUUCACACAUAACUCAAUAAAACACCAAAAACAAGAAAAGAAAAACGUAAAAGAAAAAAAGGAGCAGAGUUUAUUAGAAAAUUCAGCUCAUCAUCAGAGCUGACUCUUACAAACUCCUAUCCUUUUUCACCUUUUUAAUAAACCCCACAAUUUCAUUUUUUUUUUCUUAUUCUAUGAUUUGAUUUUUGUUAUUAUAUUACACUUUCAUUGUCUUUCUAGGUACCAAGAUUCCUCAAUCUUUUUUUUUUCUUCAAAAAAAAUUCCUCUUUUGAAUUCUUGAAAACUUUUCAAGAAUGUCGAUUUGUGAUGGUGAUUUGGUGGCUUCAAACAAUUCUUUUGCUAAGCAACGUGAAAAGAUCAUCAUUGACACUGAUCCUGGUAUUGAUGACAGUAUGACAAUACUAAUGGCAUUUCAGACACCGGAAGUUGAGAUCAUAGGCUUGACUACAAUCUUUGGCAACGUUACUACAAAAGAUGCUACACGAAAUGCAUUACUUUUGUGUGAAGCUGCAGGAUAUCCGGAUGUUCCCGUGGCAGAGGGUAGCCCUGAACCUCUGAAGAGAGGGGAACCACGUGUUGCAGACUUUGUUCAUGGUUCAGAUGGAUUAGGCAACUUAUUUUUACCUUCUCCAAAUUCAAAGAAAAUCGACAAAUCUGCAUCUGAAUUUUUGGUAGAAAAAGUUUCUGAAUAUCCUGGUGAAGUAUCUAUACUUGCACUGGGACCAUUGACAAACUUGGCUUUGGCUGUCAAGAGGGACUCAACCUUUGCAAGCAAGGUGAAGAGAGUGGUUGUACUCGGUGGUUCCUUCUUUGCUUUAGGAAAUGUUAAUCCUGCUGCCGAAGCAAAUAUAUAUGGGGACCCUGAGGCUGCUGAUGUUGUGUUUACGUCGGGGGCAAAUAUUGAUGUUGUAGGCAUCAACAUUACAACACAAGUCAAAUUGAAAGAUGCUGAUCUUGAAGAACUAAAGCAAUCCGAAGGGAAACACGCUAAAUUUGUGUGCAAUAUGUGCAAAUUUUACCGUGAUUGGCACGUGAAAUCAGACGGUGUCUAUGGAAUUUUCCUACACGAUCCUGUUAGUUUUGUCGCACUUGUUCGGCCGGAACUCUUCACCUUCAAGAAAGGCGUCGUGAGGGUUGAGACACAGGGCAUCUGCGUCGGGCACACCUUGUUGGACCAAGGACUAAAGAAGUGGAAUACGAGCAAUCCUUGGACGGAAUAUUCCCCGGUUUCAGUUGCGUGGACAGUUGAUGUGGACGAAGUUCUGGAUUAUAUAAAGAAAACAUUAAUGAAACCGUGAAUACCAUUGGAUCUAUCGGUCUCUGCCACGUGUGAAUCCUGCUCUGGAGAUCGAGGAACGUCUUGUUUUCUAACAACAUCCAUCACAGCAAUUGUUUUUAAUCUUCUUUUCCUGCAUUCCUUGCAACUAAAUAAACCUCAGUUAGUUCUGGGAAAUAUGUGGCUUAUAAAAAGGAGGGCAUUUUCAUGAUUCUUUGCAUGUAUGUAUUCAAGUGGCAAAACUGAAAUAGGGUAUCAUUUAGUAAUUCUUCCUUUCAUUUA